AUGGCAGCCAUUUUCAAUGCCGUUGUCAACCUCGCGCCUUACCAUGUCAUGGCCUAUGGAACCCUCCUCGGCACCGAGCUGUACCAGAGCUUCGUCAUGACCAAAAUCUGCUACCAAGCAUUGCCAAUGGCGCAAUUCACAACUCUCCAGAAGAAAGUGUUUCCAGCAUACUUCCGCAUCCAGGUUGGCUUGAUCGCGCUCACAGCGGCCACGUUUCCGACAAAGAGUAUAGUGUCGCUGGCGCGUGCUGGCUGGUUGUUUUGGGUGCCACUGGGAACAAACUUCGGCAUGGCGGCGCUCAAUUGGCUAGUAUAUGGACCGCGGACACAGGAUAUGAUGAUAAAGAGGAGCCACCAAGAAACGAUCGAUGGUCGGAAGUAUAACGACGAGGAGAACACUAGUGAAGAUAUGCAACGCAUCAAGCGCGACUUUUCGCGAAACCACGCCAUGUCAAUCCAUCUGAACCUAAUUGCUAUGGGGGCUACCAUCUUGUACGGAUUUGCGCUGGCUUCGAAGAUUCGAUUUGUGCUAUAA